UUCAAUCACCGAAAUUAAAGAAAGAGAGUGGCGGUUGAAGUGGACUGUGCAAGAAAGAAGCUCAAUUUCUCAAACAAUGCGAAGACCGGGGCUUUAUAAUCGGCAGCAUGCGAAGCAAGCAGGAGCGGUGAAGGGCAUGAUUGGGAGGCUAUUGAUCGCUGUUCUGGUUGUCAUAUGCACCAUUUCGUUCCUGGUUUUGUGGACGAGCAAUGGCGGUGGUCCAUCCGGCUUUCGCCCUGAGUUGAACUUGGAUAAACUUUGGAGAAGUGCUGAUUCUGGUGGUUGGAGACCAUCAUCAGCUCCACGAUCUAAUUGGCCUCCUCCACCUAGGGAGAUUAACGGCUACCUACGAGUGCGCUGUAAUGGUGGUCUCAAUCAACAACGUACAGCGAUAUGUAAUGCUGUUCUUGCAGCAAGAAUCAUGAAUGCUACACUUGUGCUGCCUGAAUUGGAUGCAAACUCUUUUUGGCAUGAUGACAGUGGUUUCCAUGGUAUCUAUGAUGUUGAGCAUUUUAUCAUGUCAUUGAGGUAUGAUGUAAAAAUUGUAGAAAAAAUACCAGAAAUUCGCAAAAAUGGGAAGACAAAGAAGAUAAAAGCUGUACAGCUUCGUCCUCCUAGAGAUGCUCCUAUCAGUUGGUAUACUACGGAUGCUCUUGCGAAAAUGAAGGAGCAUGGUGCUAUUUAUCUUACUCCCUUUUCACAUCGUUUGGCAGAAGAAAUUGACAACCCUGAGUAUCAACGUUUGAGGUGCAGAGUGAACUAUCAUGCUCUGAGAUUUAAGACAAAUAUAAUGAAGCUAAGUCAGUCAAUAGUUGAUAAGCUUCGCUCACAAGGUCACUUCAUGUCCAUACAUCUUCGUUUUGAAAUGGAUAUGCUGGCAUUUGCUGGCUGUUUUGAUAUUUUCAACCUCAAAGAGCAAGAGAUUUUGAAGAAAUAUCGGAAAGAAAAUUUUGCCCCAAAGAAGCUUGUGUAUGAGGAAAGAAGAGCCAUUGGAAAAUGCCCAUUAACUCCAGAAGAGGUUGGUCUUAUUUUACGUGCAAUGGGGUUUAACAAUUCUACCAGGAUAUACCUAGCUGCUGGUGAACUAUUUGGUGGAGAGAGAUUCAUGAAACCGUUCCGGACUUUGUUCCCUCACCUUGAGAACCACAGUUCUGUAGAUCCCGUAGACGAGCUAGCAGAAAAUACCCAGGGAUUGUUAGGGUCUGCGGUGGACUACAUGGUUUGCCUCCUCUCUGAUAUUUUUAUGCCUACAUAUGAUGGCCCUAGCAACUUUGCCAACAAUCUCCUUGGACACCGCCUAUAUUAUGGCUUCCGGACCACAAUUAGACCCGAUAGGAAAGCUCUUGCUCCAAUCUUCGUUGAUCUAGAGAAGGGACGGACAACUGGUUUUGAAGAAGUUGUUAGGCAAGCCAUGCUCAAUACUAACCUUGGCGGGCCCCACAAGCGGAUUCCCCCUGAUUCUUUCUAUACAAAUUCUUGGCCCGAAUGUUUCUGCCAAACAUCUCCAAAGAAUCCAGCACAUAAAUGUCCACCAGAUAAUGUUUUGGAAAUUCUUAACAGCCAGUUGGGUGAAGCAACUGAUGACCUGGAAUCCGUGCCCGAAUCAAAUUCAAUAAUAUCUGUGGCAUAAAGAUGAGAAAGUAGUCUCAGGAUUUAUAGCGGGUGAUUGUUCCAUGCCAAUACUGAUGAAUCCCUGUCCGUGUAAUUGACAAGGAAUGGCUUUCCAUAAUAAUACUCUGCCUUCAGUGACUCUGGUCUUGUGGUGAGUUGAGACAGGAUCCAUGUUGGUUGGAGGCAGGUUCAUGUUAUAUUGGGGUUCACGCCAUGGUGAUUCAGUAUAUCGAAAAAGAAGUUGACACUGCUGGAGGACGCAUGAGCCAAGCCAUGUUGAUAGUUGCAGAUUUGUUAUGCUGUGAUCUAAAAAUUUACUUCUGAUUAGUGAUAUUGUAUUAUAUUUGAUUGACUCCCUUGUAUGUUUCUGCCAUGUCACAUGUGUGACUAAUCAUAUAAGAUUUUCAGUCUUGCCUUACAAAAAUGCUACAUUAAGUGUUAAAUUACUUGGUAAGCUCAUUCUGGUUUUGAUCCAUUUUGAAAAGCUCUAGCUUGGACUUUUGAGUGAGCUCGUAAAUGAACUGUAGUUUCGAUACAUACAUUUGAUGUGCAAUUCGAAUCAAGGAUUGGGAAAAAAUAAAAAUAAAUUAGCA